CUGUUCUGAGGACUUGGGGAUGGACGCUGGCCUGCAGAGGUCAGCGGCCCGGUGGCCUCGUCUUUGGUGUUGGGAGACGCCAGCGUGGUGGGCUCAUCUGGCUGGCGGCCGGGCAGGUGCCGCGUGGAGCCAUGGGAUGGAGCACGAUGCCCCCGCGGGUUGGUCUGGGCUCGUGGGAACGGUGGCUGGGAACAACAGCACAUCUGUGUUCCAGGGCUGGAGAAAGACCCAGCUGCACUGGGCUUGCAGGCGAGGAAGAUGGCGAGGAGGGAUGAGGAGGCACGUGACCCCACCUCUGCUGCUGCCCAGCUGCAUCAGCUGCAUGGACGCUUGCCCCCUCCCCCGAGCCCCAGGGCACCUGUGGGACCGGACGAGGCUGGGAAGCUGGCAGCGGAGUGGGCCCGGGCGCCUGUCGUGCCCUUCGGGGUGGACCUGUGUUACUGGGGCCAGGAGCAGCCGAUGGCGGGGAGGAUCCUCAAGCGUGACUCUGAGCACCGCUUCUGGAAGCCCAGCGAGGUGGACGCGGAAGUGGACAGCGCCAGCGUCCCAGAGAUGCCGUGGAACCGCUGCAUCACCUUCGCGGGCAAGUUCGAGCCCGUGCGGCACCAGUGCCGCGCCCCGAGGCCCGACGGCCGGCUCUGCGAGCGCCAGGACCGGCUGAAGUGCCCUUUCCAUGGGAAGAUCAUCCCCAGAGACGAGGCGGGCCGGCCCCUCCACCCGGAGGAUAGGGCCUGGGAACAGAGGCAGCAGCUGCGGAGACAGGCAGGGCGUGCAGGUUGGCAGGACCCCGAGUUUAUGAGAGAUGUGGAGGCUGCCACGGGAGUGGACCUUGGCUCGUCUAGGUCCAGCGGGAGAGGCAAGGGCAAGCGGAGGAAGCACCCUGGCCUCACCGACCUGAAGCAGCAGGCCGACACUGCCCGCGCACGCAUCGCCAAGAAGGUGUUUGCUAAAGCCGCUGUGCAGAGGGUGGUCACAGCCAUGAAUCAGAUGGACCGGAAGAAGCACGAGAAGUUUGCAAACCAGUUUAACUAUGCACUGACUUAGAGGGCCAGACUGGGUGUGUGUGGUCCCCUCUGGUCGUCUGCUCUUCUCCCUCGGCCAGGGCACCAGGAUCGGAGCGCAGACACAGGACUGGGCUGUAACCACAGCCACUGUUGUUAUGUGUGUUUCGUGUGAGGAAAGAGUGUGUAUUCUAGUCACAGUUCCCCAGAGGUAUGGACUCCCCCUGCCCUGGGGAGCCACAGCCAUCCGGGUUAUGGGUCUGGCCCGCCCGAGAGCCUGGAGGUGACGUGGGCAGCGUGGCUCAGUGGGGCAUCUGGCAAAGCCUGUCCCCAUGUCACCCCAAGCCCCACUUCCCAGCCUUUUCCCUGGGCAGUAGGAGGGACUCGGGGGGACUCUAGGAACCCUCAUGCUUCUAUGUAAACACUGUUUCUAAGACAAGCUGGGAAGUAAACCGUUCAGCGUCGCA